UAAACAUAAAAUCGAACUGCUGCAUGACCAAUGAGCUGAUCAGUCAUGCUAUAGACGCCAGCUCUAUAUAGAGGAGUACUGCAGCUGGUGUUGGGCUCACUUCAUGGCGGCGGCGCAUGAACUCAACAUGUGGCUCUGCUGUCUGUGCUUAGCCACUGCACCGCUACCGCUGCUUGUGCUCAGCCAGACUUACUACAUGAACUUUGUGUUCAACAACAAUUGGAAUCCAGCAGCCCAGCAGCAGCAGCCUGGAGCAAGGCCCAGGCUAACCCACAGCGAGCAGAUGAACAAUGAGCCAAUAGCACAACCGAAUAAAGACAUUUAUGAGCUGUAUCCAGAUUCAGAUGCAGGCGCUGUACAAGCGCAGAACACGGAUGAGUUCAUUCUAAUCGAUUCCAGUGAAGUUAGAGCCAAAACUACAAAUCGGGAUAUUGUUAGCUGGACUAACACCAAGACGCGCGCCAGCAGACCAACAACAACAAGAUUAAGAACAAGAACAACAACAACAACAAGAGCAAGAACAACAACAACAAAAGCAAGCACAACAACAAGCAGGACGCCGUCUUGGUUAACACUGACGCCGCAUCCGCCCAAGUUCUUCAACUAUCCGCUGGCCACUUGCCAGGAGCAGCUGAAUCUGCAUGAAGUGUUUGGCGUGCUGCUCGCACGAGAUCGCGGACUGCCCACUAAGGUCAUGUGUCGCUUUCGCAAUGACUGGGGCGGUCCUUGGCUGCUCAUGAAUCGCAUGGAGCUGCCAGUGCGCGUCCACAUGCGUCACUGGUUCUUUGGCUACGUCACCGAGGACUACAAGGAUCUGAACAUCAACUUUCUGGGACUGGCGCAUAUAAUGAACAGCAUGCGAGUGGCCAUGCUCAUCCUGGGCCAGGACAACAACAAUCAACUGGUUUACAAUCUGUACGACGACGUUGUCAUCUCCGGAUUCGAUGAUCUCUUUAUGCUGCGCAAGGCGCAUCUCAUUGCUGCCAACACAACGGAUCUGCUGUUCACGUCUGUGGGGCAGCCGCUGAUCUCCCAUGCGGGCCACAAUCGCUCCUGCCCCUUCGACGUGCUUGGCGGCUGGUGGGGCACCAAGUGGCAAGUGGAGAAUAAGCAUUACUGUGUAUUCCCCAUUGAGCGCAAUGUCAGCCGUCCAGGCUACAUGGCCAUGUUCAUCAAGCCCAGUCCGUUUGCCAUUAACAACACCGCGCUCUAUGGCGAUGAGAUAACCACGCGUCGUCCUUGGGCCACGACCAUAAACCAAACGCUUAUGGACCAGGCCGAUGGUGACCUGGACGCCUACAACAGGCUCAACCAGGCGCUGUACGAGCGCAACAAACUGCGAGUGCAGCACGAGUUGCUGGCGCGCAUUAAAUUGCUGCACAGCGGCAACAUGACGGCGUUAUGGUUUUCAAAUAAUUUGCACAAUCCAACGGAGCAGACGGACAUGGGUGAGGCUGAAACAGAUCCCUUGGUUUAUCAAGAGGAGCCAACAACAACAGCAGCAGCAGCAGCAGCAGCAACAGUGGAGCGACCUAAGCCGCCAGUGGAGCCAGCAGUUGCAGCAGAGAUAUUAAAACCAAAGACAGAGCAAACAACUGAAGUAAGCAAGCGCACACUUGUUGCAAGUUCUGUGGCAACAACAACACAAGAGCAACUGCAGCCAGUGACAGCUGUGGAGCAGACACUAGAGAAGCCCAAAAUACCAGAGACAACUACCAAAGCAACAGCAGCAGCAGCAGCCGCAGCAGUAGAAGCCGCAGGCAAAAACGUAGCCUAGACUCAAGCUUAGCUCUAAGAUUUACUCAUUAGUUUAGUUUAGUUGCGAGCUUUAGUUAUAUGUAAAUAAAUAAAUGGAAACUCGCUUGAUUAGA